AUGGGGAACUUCCUGCAGAUGAGGCUACCCAACAGCUGGAGGAUAUCUUUCUUUGCAGUGCUUCUGGCGCUAGUUUUUCCCCACCCAAGGUUGUUGGUGGUGGCGGACUGCUUCUUCGAGGAUCUGCCCCUCCAAGAAGGACUGAAACGAGCGCCCAUUGUGGUUCGUCUGCUCUACAAUUGUCCUAGUGCCGUGGUCAAUCUAACCUGCCCAAUAGAAGCCUACAAUGGAGAAAACUAUGUUGUGGCACAGGAAGGAUACCAGAGCUAUACAAUCAGCGAAGUGUUUCAACAAGAAAAUUGGACGGAAGCCGAAGCGCCGUUGCAACCGGGAAUGUCCAUUGCGGUACUUUAUGACACGGACACCGGUUUCUGGAGAGACUUGCCAUUCCAAUUGAUUGCGGAUCCUAAAGGCAUGUUGGCCUUUUUGAGUCCUUAUCGCACUUGUGUGGACACUUCCGGCGCCAAUCACUACGACUUGCCGGCAGGUGUGGGAUUGGUGGAAACUCCCUUCUUGCUCAACGAAUGUUCUACACUCAACCAACGAUGGUCUGACCUCUCGGAUGAAAACGUCACCUUCUUGAGGUCGCAACCAGGAUUCCUGAACGUAUCUGACGACACCACGACGACGAUGACGAGUAGCGAGGGCGUGAUCAAUGUCAGCGCAACAGCCAACAACAACGCAACAUCAUCCGAAACGGUGGGCUCGGAGUCAGCAACAGAUUCGGAACAACAUGACCCCACAUCGGAGUCCAGUUUUCCAGCUGACAUGCAACUUGAAGGAGCAUCGUCAGCUAAAGCCGUCGCAGGAUGGACCCUUCAGUUGCUAUUCGUCGGAGUGCUUGUCAUUCUCUCUUUGCCUCCAUUGGAGUAA